AUGGAAAGUCGAUCAAAAAAUGUGGUAAUUCUUGGAGCAGGUGUAUUUGGUGUGUCAGCUGCAAAUCAUUUACACAGGGAACUAGAUUCUAACACUUUUAAUGUAAAGCUCGUGGCUGUAUCCGAUUAUGUGUAUUUUUUGCCCUCUGCAAUACGUUUGACGGUUUCGAAGGACUAUACGAAAUCCAUCAUGCCCUUGAAAAGUGUUCUUGACGAUGGAGUCGAGGUUAUCAAGGAUAAGGUAAUCAGCUUUGAUGCGAAAAGCGUGGAAUUGGAAUCAGCAGAUACUAUCGAGUUCGAUAUCUUGAUCAUUGCGACAGGUUCACAAUGGCCUGAUCCAAUUAGUUCAUUGUACACAUUCGGGAACGAUUACGAAGCGUACUUCGAGAAAAUGGCUUCUCAGAUUUCAGAUGCCAGCCACAUAGUUUUCAUAGGGGGGGGGGUUUGUUAACUGUGAGCUAGUUGGUGAACUAUUGUUCCAGUACUCAGAUGAGAUCAAUUCUGGCAAAAAACGCAUUUCGAUCAUUCACAACUCUGAUAAGCUGUUGCCGGAUUCGGGUUUAUACAGUGAUACUCUGAGGAGAAAGGUGACAGACUACAUAACUGAAAGUGGUGUUAAGCUGUACUUGAAUACAGUAGGCACUUCUUCUGAAACCUUACCUAACCGCAUUUUCCUUAACAAGGACUCUUCGAACUAUGUUGAUGCCGAUUUGAUUUACAGAGGUGAAGGAAUGUCGCCUAGUGUACCUUUGAGUGAUUUUUCGGACCUUUGUGAUAAGAAAGGAUUCAUUAGGGUCGAAAAGAACUUCCAGGUUAAAGCUGUUACAGCUGGAAACGUUUUUGCUAUUGGAGACGUCACAAAUUUCAGGUAUCAUGGAUUGAUCAAAAGAAAUAACUGGGUUGAUGUUUUGACACACAAUGUUGUGAGUCUCCUGCGAGAAGGAAAAAAGGCUGUUUUCGUUGACGCAGAUAGCUUUGAGUCAGGACAUCCUCCAACAGGCGUAUCGCUCGGCCCAAAUGCAGGGUUUGCUCAAAUGCCUUUACCGUUGCUUGGUACCAUCUUUGUCCCAUCUUUUAUAGUUUCUAAAGUGAAGUCAAAGGAACUUCUUUCCAACAAAAUGGAAUCUAUAUACAAAAAAUAA